AUGGUCCAAAAGCCUACCCCCAGUCCUAGCUCUGCUAGCGACGCCUUUCCUGGGGAUGAGACCGAUGUUCUCAUUGUCGGCUCUGGCCCAAUUGGUGCCACCUUCGCCCAUACCCUUGUCAAAAAGGGCAUCAAGGUUAUCAUGAUCGAUAUUGGCCAGCAAGAAACUCGCCGUGUCGGCGAUCAUAAGAAAAACAGCGUUGCAGUUCAGAAGGAUAUCAGCUUGUUCACAAACACUGUCAAGGGAGAGCUGCACCCACUGUCGGUGCCAACCAACUCCAUAAGGCCUAUCAUGGAGCCACCAUCUUGGUCUAGCAGACCUACUGACCCGGCCUAUGUCCUCAAUGGCCAGAACCCGGAGCAGAAGGCCUAUGGCAACCUUCCCGCUGCAGCGGCAACUCGUGUUGUCGGCGGGAUUGAACGGUCUGAGCUUUUCGGUGACCGUGAGUGGAACACUCUCUACAGUCGGGCUGAGAAGCUCUUUAAGAAGACCGACGACGCUUUUGAUGACUCUGUUCGCCAGAGGCUCGUGAAGCGUGUCCUUACUGAGGCCUACCCCGAUCGUGAGAUGAAGAGCAUGCCGUUGGCCUGCAAACGCAAGCAAGGUAACAAGGAGUACGUUGAGUGGUCUUGCACUGCUACCAUUCUUGGAGAGCUGUCUACUCCAGAGUACUUUUAUAAGGCUGGAGAUCGACUAUUCGACAUUAGGCCCAACACCCAAUGCGACAGGCUCGAAGUGGAUGCCCAGGGUCAGAUUCACUGGGCCGUCAUCAACGACCUUGAGAACAACAAAGAGUACAGAAUCAAGGCCAAGAAGUACGUCAUCUGUGCCGGUGUCGUGCUUACUCCUGGUAUUUUGUACAAGUCUGGAUUGCAGGGGAAGUUGCCUAUGCUGGGCCACUACCUGACCGAGCAGCCUAUGGCGUUUUGUCAAGUCGUUCUUGAUAGGACCCUCGUUAGCAGCGUCCGGGACGAAGAGGUCGUCAAGAGUCACACUGCAGACCACGAGAAUGACCCGCUUCCUUUCCCUUUCAACGAUCCCGACCCACAGGUCUACUUCCCACUGUCCGAGAAAUAUCCUUGGCACACUCAGAUUCACCGUGAUGCCUUUGGCUAUGGUGAGGUACCUUCAAACAUCGAUCAACGCCUCGUUGUCGAUCUUCGCUGGUUUGGCUACAUGAAACCUGAUUAUGACAACUAUGUCACAUUCUCUAACAAGACCAAAGAUCAGUUUGGAAUGCCUCAGCCAAUCUUCAACUUUAUCUUGGAUGAUGAGGCGGAAGAGCGCUGCAAGCGAAUGAUUACAGACAUGAUCGAUGUUACUAGAAAGCUUGGCGGGUUCCUUCCAGGUGCUGAGCCCAAGUACCUCGCUCCUGGAUCUGCUCUCCAUAUCUGCGGCACGUACCGCGCUGGCAGCACUUCAGCUGAUAGUGUUGUCAACAAGAACGGCAAGGCCUGGGGCGUUGAUGAUCUCGUACUUGGAGGCUGUGGUGUCAUUCCUACCCAGAAUGCUUGCAACCCCACUCUCACCGCUGCUGACAAGAUCAUUGAAGAGCUUCAUGUUGACCAGUGA